AUGUCAAGAUGUGUUUUUCAUUGUUUAAUUAAUUAUUGGUUUAGUCUCAGUAUUUUAUUACCACUAUUUGCGUUUGGUAUACGACACAAUCACUGUCAGUUUUUAUGUCAAUUUAUUUCUAUUAGUCUUCAUUAUCUUUGUUUAACAACAAUGCUUUGGUUAACAUUAUUAACUUAUUCUAUCUGGAGAAAACUGUCCGCUAUAUCAACAAAUCAAGAUUGUCAUGGAAAAUUUUCAAUAAUGAUUAAUGAUGAUUUACUAACAAUGGAAUUAAAAUCUAAAUCUGUUAUUCAAUUCUAUUUCUUAGUCCAUGGAUUAGCAUUAAUUAUUUGUUGUAUUAAUGUUGCUAUAUUACAUGAGCAAUAUAUGAUAAACAAAAUAUGCUUUUUCAAUGACUUUUAUUCAAUUCUAAUAUUAAUCAUAUCAAUGUUCAUAUGUAUUAUUCUUUUACUUUUUUUUCUGUUAUCUACUCGUAAUCAUAUAAAACGUUUAAUAAACGAAACAAAGCACUUAGAUAAUUUAUCGGAUGUAUUUGGAAUAAAGCCAGAAAAUAUAUUAUUAUCAAAGACACAUGAAAUCUUACCAAUUUUAAUUCCAUUUAAUCAAAAUAAUCAACAAGUUCUAUCAAAUAUAAAUUAUCAACAUGAAUCAAUAAAUCAAUUAUUAUCAAUAUUAUUUCAAUUAAUUCUUCUUAUAUUUCUCUUUCUAUCAAGUUUAACUAUUUAUCUACAUCCACUACAGUUUUUUAAAUUGCGUUUUGAACAUUUUAUUUAUGGUCAUUUAUAUGGAUUUUUUGUUUUAGUUCUUUCAUUCUAUAUAUUUUCAUUUUAUGUUUUAUUACGUUCUGAUUUAAUAAGACAUUAUUAUUUUAACAGAAAAAAAGUUGAUCACUUAUUUGAUCAAUCGUACAUUGAACCGGCAUUAUCAUCAAUAAAUUCAAGAAUAAAGUAUGAAUUUGGUUUUCCUUCAUUUACAAAACAAAAUAAUAUAUUUCCAUCAUCGUAUUUCUAUGAUUUAUCAAAUAGGCAUGCUCCUGAACUGCUGCAAAAUACUGAAAGAACAACAUUAAACGAUGGUAAUAUGAAUAAUUCAAAAAUUCACACAAAUAUUACAUCAAAUUAUUGCGUUUACCAUCGUAAUAUACUUAAACCUAAUGAAAUAAGUUCAUCACAAAAUACUGACCAUGAUACAUUGGCAUCAUCAUCAGAUAUAAUUGCGCACAAAAUUAUUGAUCCACACCAAUUCCAGCAUAAUUCGUCCAAGGAACAAAUAUUAAAAAGAUCAAUUAAUAGUUUAAUAGAAUUUCAUGCAGAACAAAUUGAAAAUACUCAUCUGCAUUCAUCUUCUACGAUGUUAUCUCGACCACGAACAUCUCCUAUUGAAGCAAUUGUUCGUCUAUUACCCAUUAUUCCUUUUUCUUCACGAAAUAUAAAUAAAAAAUCUGUAACUUCUACAAAUAUUAUUCAAUUAAAUGAUGAUAUUAAUCCAUCAAUUGAACCAAAACAUAUUAACAAGAAUGCUCAGAAUUCGUAUUCUAUAAAGCCAUCAUCAUACACUGAAAAAUAUAAUGCUACAUGCGCUUCUUUCAAUGAAAAUGAUCAUUUAGUUCAGCAAAAAUCGUCAUUACAUGAAAAAUUAUCUACGUGGAAAAAAUCUUUUUAUGGUCAUGCACAACUUCUAUAUAUUGAUGUAGACGACGAACAUAGUGUUUCACUUAAAUCAUCCUUUUAUGAUUCAAAAACAUCGUCAAGUACACUGUCAAACAAAAAAGAUUAUACACGAACAUUGUCAUUUGCAUCAAAUUUUUCAGAUGAUUCCUAUUAUGACAUUAUUCAUGCAAAUCAAAUCAAAUUGCAUGAAAGCAGUGUAUAA